AUGCCUCGAAAGCUAGUAACGGUCCGUCACGUCUCGGCUAUAACAGCCGUCCCGCGGGCAGACCGUAUUGCGGCUGCCACUGUGGAUGGUUGGACAUGGGUCGUUCCCGUUAACGUCUUUCAAGUCGGGGAUCGCGCUGUAUUCUUCGAAAUAGACUCGCUUUUACCGGCCACCGACCCGCGAUUUGCUCCUCUGGCGCCGAAGAUCAUCGGGCCGGGCGGCCCCACUUCCGCACCGGAUAUUAAAUUCGGGGGGUUCGCUGAACUGGAUGGUAUUCCAUCAUACAAGCUACGGGACAUCUCAUUUGAGGAUAUUCUCCACGUGAGGAAAUUCGAGAAGCCUGCUAUGCCAUUGCAACAGACUUCGGCAUCAGAAACACCUUUGCCUGAAUAUCCUGACUUUAUACCACGAACAAAUCAGGAGCGCGUGCAGAACCUCACAGAUGUAUUCAGUGAGCACGGUACUGAGAUAUUUGAGGAGUCGACCAAGAUGGACGGCUCAUCCAUGACAGUCUUUUACCUCAACGACGCCAACCCUCUCGCCAACACAGUCCCUAGCGAGGCGAGACAUAACGGUGUGAGUGUUUGCUCGCGGAAUCGUAUUCUGGUAGAGAAUCAUCCGCGAAGCCCAUCUCUCUUUUACUCCACCGCACGAGCACUCAACCUCCACGAGACAUUGCCCAAGAUCAGGCGUAACAUAGCUCUACAGGGUGAACUUUGCGGGUCGAGCAUACAGAGUAAUUUUGAAGGAUUUCCCAAGGGAACACAUUGCUUUUUUCUCUUUGCAGUGUAUGAUAUUGAUGAGCAGCGAUACCUGCCACCACGAGAGGUGUACGAGACGUGGGCACCGCUUCUGGGUGUUAAGCACGUGCCUGUACAUGGGUACCGGCCUUUGAACGAGAUGGGUUCGCAGAUCACAGAUCUCGUCAAUCGAGCGGAAGGAAGGGGGAUAAAUGGGCGGAAGAGGGAGGGGAUUGUGUUCAAGCGCGAGGAUGGGCAGUUCAACUUCAAGGCGAUAUCCAACUCAUACCUGCUCACACAUGGAGAGUAG